AUGGAGGUCAUCACUUUGAUGCAAGGCGACGAGAUGUCCGAUCUCACUCCUCUCUUUCUUGUUCACGCAAUCUCUGGGGUUGCCCUCCCUUUUCUUCGUCUAGAUUCUCUCAGUGAUGAAGAUGACAGACCCGUGUACGGCAUCACAAGUCCUCUACACUGCCCUGGUGGUGAUAGUUUCAAGUAUCCCACAAGCCUCAAGGAUUUGGCUGCGUAUUAUCUCAAAGGCAUUCGAGAAAUCCAACCCGAGGGGCCAUAUCUCUUAGGCGGUUGGUCCAUGGGCGGCAUGAUUUCCAUGUUCAUGGCACAGAUGCUGGAAGCCCAAGGCGAAGAAGUCAUCAAAGUCAUCAUGAUCGAUUCCGCAAACCCGGAAGUGUUCCCGCAAUUCAAGAGUGAACAAGAACACCGUGCUCUCGCCAAAGCCACGUUCAACCGCACUGUUUCUGGCGGUGGCUUGCAAUCCGACGACGACGAGGGCAGCGAAGAUGGCUCUACCGUUUCGUCUCCAAUCGGACACAACUUUGCCGCUGGCGAUUACAAGUUGUCUUUCUCCCGACGGUCUAGUACCUGGAAUAGUGCUUCAAGCUCAACAGUUUCAAGUGCUCGAUCUAGCGCGGCAAGCAUCUUCGACACCAACAGCCCCAUCACGUUUCUUGAGUCGCCGCUCUCCGACGCAUACUUGACUGAUGAUUCCGAGUUCGAUUCAGACUGUGACACGGAGUGUGACGAGCCUCCUGCUAUGGAAGACUUCAUGCAGCAGAUCAAGACGCACAUUCACCGUGGCCUUGGUCUCAUUUCGAACGUGAAACCCGGCGAUCUCUUUGAACCAGGCAAGAAAUCCAACUUUGAUGCUAUUCUCAUCAAAUGUACCACAGAGAUACCUUGUGCUGUGCGAAAGCCUGAGAUCUUUCCUGGUGCUCAGCUCAUUGAGAUCGUCAUGCGUGAGCGCAACAUGCGAUGGGAUCCUGCCCAAUUCCGAAGCUUUGAAUCUAUUCCUUUCAGCGGCGACCACGAUGGCGCAUUUCAGCCUCAGUAUGUGGAAGAACUGAGCUCCAUCCUCAGAGAGUGCAUCGAAGAUGUUGAGUAG